CUGGUAUUCUUCUCUUGUCCGGUUCGUGUCCGGUUUCUUUUCUUUGCCCUGCAAACACAGAAGCUCUUUAUGAAGUCCAUGUGCAUGGGGACACGCUGAUUAAAAUCCUCAGCCUGAGCAUGUCUGAAUGAAGGCACAUGUGGCGUUUACGUACGCGUUACGCAAGCCCCGCCCCUUUACCUGAGAGACUAGCACCUGGAUCCAACGAAGCGGAAGUCCGGCUGAGAUUACCUGCUUUGACAUCACCGUGGCCAGCAGUUCUGCUUUGGGACAGUCGCUGUGGAUCUUCAAAACUCUGUUGGAUAUGAAUUUACCCGAUAUUUAAGCUCAAACAGGUUUGAUAGGCGGUGAUGUUACGCAAAGGGUGUGUGACAGGUGAAGCUUUGUUUCUCACGCUCUGAGUGCCGGCUUCGCCUUAAAAGAAUGACAUUCCUCCGCAGGCUCCUGCGCAGACGCCUGCAUCCAUGGAAGCUGGCCAUAGUGGCGUUGGUGUUUGUGACAUUCCUGUUUUUGAUGCAGCGAGAGGUGGUCAGUCAGAGCCCCCAGGAUGAACCCUGGCUCAAAGGGAUUGUGGAGAAACGGGACGGCGUUCUUGAGAUGGUCAUGGGUGCCGUGAAUAACUUCCGGGACGCUAUGCCGAAGAUGCAGAUAAAAGCUCCGGUGAGGAAGCAGGAAAGCCAGGGCAGUCCGGCAUGUUUACCCGGAUACUACACGGCCGCUGAGCUCCGACCGGUCCUGGAAAGACCACCGCAAAACCCCAGUGCCCCGGGGGCUUCUGGGAAGGCUUUUCACACUGACAAUCUGAGCUCGUCGGAGCAAAAAGAAAAGGAGAGGGGAGAUGAGAAGCACUGCUUUAAUUUAUACGCCAGUGAUCGGAUCUCGCUAAGCAGAGACCUCGGCCCCGAUACGAGACCUCCAGAAUGCAUCGAACAGACAUUCAGACGCUGUCCACCCCUGCCGACCACAAGUGUAAUCAUCGUCUUCCACAACGAGGCAUGGAGCACGUUACUGCGGACCGUCUACAGCGUCCUGCACACCUCCCCUGCUCUGCUCCUCAAAGAAAUCAUCCUCGUGGACGACGCCAGCGCUGACGAGCGACUAAAGGAUGAACUGGACGAAUAUCUGAAACAGCUGCACAUCGUUCGCGUGGUCCGUCAGCCAGAGCGAAAAGGCCUGAUCACUGCGCGGCUCCUUGGGGCCUCCGUGGCCACGGGUGAAACGCUCACCUUCCUGGAUGCCCACUGUGAAUGUUUCAACGGAUGGCUUGAGCCGCUGCUGGCCAGGAUAGCGGAGAACUCCACCGCCGUAGUGAGUCCUGACAUCACCACCAUCGACCUGAACACGUUUGAGUUCAUGAAACCCUCACCGUAUGGACAGCAUCAUAACCGGGGGAAUUUCGACUGGGGCCUUUCCUUCGGGUGGGAGACUCUUCCGGAUCACGAGAAACGGAGACGCAAAGAUGAGACGUACCCUAUUCUGACACCAACGUUCGCAGGAGGAUUGUUCUCAAUUUCCAGAGAUUAUUUCUACCACGUAGGAAGCUAUGACGAGGAGAUGGAGAUUUGGGGAGGAGAAAAUAUUGAAAUGUCCUUCAGGGUGUGGCAGUGCGGUGGGCAGCUAGAAAUUAUCCCCUGUUCAGUCGUAGGCCACGUGUUUCGCACAAAGAGUCCACACACUUUCCCCAAAGGCACGCAGGUGAUCGUUCGCAACCAGGUGCGUCUGGCUGAGGUCUGGAUGGACGACUAUAAAGAGAUCUUCUACCGGAGAAACCAGCAGGCUGCUCAGAUUGCCAAAGAGCGCUCUUUUGGAGACGUCUCCAAGCGUGUAGAUCUCCGGGAAAAACUCCAGUGUAAGAGCUUUUCCUGGUAUUUGAAGAACGUCUAUCCAGAGGUCUUCAUGCCCGAUCUCAACCCGCUGCAGUUUGGCGCGAUAAAGAACGUGGGGAAGGAGGCCUGCUUGGACGCGGGAGAGAGUAAUGAGGGAGGGAAAUCUCUCAUUAUGUACCCCUGCCACGGGAUGGGAGGAAACCAGUAUUUCGAGUACUCGACCCAUCACGAGAUCAGGCACAACAUUCAGAAGGAGCUCUGUUUGCACGGGACCAGUGGAGUCGUCAAAUUAGAGGAGUGCCAGUAUAAAGGUCACAACAGCGUCACAGGACCUCAGCAGAGAUGGGAGCUCAGAGAGGAUCAGCUGCUCUAUAACAAGGCCUCAAAACAGUGCCUGACCGCUCGACAUGAAAACCCCUCUCUAGCAUCCUGCAAUCCAGGCGACAAGUACCAGCUCUGGGUCUUCACAUGAAUGGCGGGACCAAUCUCACACACACACACACACACACACACAGGGUCCAAAACUUAGCUUUUUGCCACAGCUGCCAAUUUACCUGCCAAAAAUAUUUCUUACACGCCAUGAAACUGUAUUUUACAGUAUUUUAUUUAUAAAAAUAUAUUUUUAGUCUUAUGACCACGAAUUAUAGAGUGUAUUUUUGACCAACAGUGCAACUUACUGGCUGUGUUCCAAAACCUACAUAAACAUCUGCCUUCUAAGGGGGCAUUCUAGUGUUCAUGCUUUUUAAUGCGCUACACAUGCAAAGACUCAAUAUUAUGCUCAAGUUCCCAUCCACUUUAUCAGCAUUCUUGGUUCUGGAAGUAUUUUUCCCAUUCAUUUUUACCAUAGAGGUUUUAGAAAGUCUUUAUUUAAGAGGCUCGAAGCAAACCAAGCAGCUAUGAGGUGAAUCACAACAUUACAAACUUAGAUUUGAACUAAAAAAAGUUUAGAAAUGAGACAAAAAAGACGAAGGUACAAUACUAUGUACUUAAAGGGGUCAUCGGAUGCUAAGUUCACUUUUUCAUGUUUGAACAUUAAUGUGUGUUGGCAGUGUAUGUACAAAUUUACUCUAUAAUGAUAAUAAUCCAUGCAGUGGUACACAGGAAUAUCUCCGAUUGAGCAGUUGAGGUGUUGUGUUGCUGGUCGUCAUUUACUCCCGACAUCUGAGCCGCUGAAGAUGCAGUGGCAUUACGUUUGUUUGUAAAGGGAAUGCGCCUCCCCAUCUACAUAAAUGCGUCUAUGUUCAUGCAAAUCACUUGUGAUCCAGCUUCACUUACAGCAGAAGUGAGUAUAAGGGUUUUUUUAUGAAUCUCUGCAAUCACCUUUCCUAAUAACGUGCUAGUUAGCAAGUUUAGUGGCUAAACAUGGCUAAAUGCAGCUAAAGUAAACAGGCUCGUCACUCCACAGAGAGUAGAGAGGGGCGGGGCGAGCAGAGCUCAUUAACAUUUAAAGCAACCUCGACCAGAACAGGAUGAUUUUUGCAGAGCUGAUUUUGACAAGGUAAAAAGGGUGUUGUUUUACACAACCUUUGAGAAUUUUUAACCAAAGUAUAUUAUAGACUUUUCAUUAAGACCCUAAAGAAUCAUAUCAACUUGUGGAAAAUGGGCAUCCGAUGACCCCUUUAAUGACGCAGUUUGCUUCUGAUUUCUCUGUAGAAUUAUGGGUAGUGUAGUUUUUUACCAGGAAUUUCAGUGUUAAACAUGAUUAUUUGUUUUUCUUGAAGUCAUAAACCUAAGAUAUUGUUGAAAAAAUGAAUCCCUUAUUGAGAAAAUGAAUGGGAUUUUUACUCUCAGAACCAACUGUUGCACUCUAUAGAUUAUUCAUUUAAAUAUAUAGUACAAACAAAUAUAGUGUAACAUUUUUAAAGAAUUAGUUCACUUCCAGAACAAAAAUUUACAGAUGUACUCACCCCGUUGUCAUCCAAAAUGUUUAUGUCUUUCUUUCUUCAGUCGUACAGAAGUUAUGUUUUUUUGAGGAAAUAAUUUCAGGAAUUAUCUCCACAGUUAGGGUAUGAAAAACUCCCAUCUCAUUUUCUUCUCCAACAUUAAAAACGUCCUACAUCGCUGCAAAGUGAACAUGCAAAGAAGGUCAAACGUCCUUUACAAAAAGGUAAAAACGCAAUGUUUUGAAGUUGGAGGAGAAAAUGAGAUGGGGUUUUUCGGCAUACCCUAACUGCAUUGACCCGGAAUACACAGAGUACGCAUGCGCAUCGCAGAGCUAGACAAGACGAGCAUUUAAGGUUAAAAAGUAUAUACAUUUUUAUUUUCUUUUAGAAAAUGACGAUUGUUUCGUUAGAUAAGACCCUUAUUCCUUGGCUGGGAUCAUUUCAAGCUCUUUGAAGCUGCAUUUAAACUGCAUUUUGGACAUUUAAACUCAUGGGCACCAUUGAAGUCCACUAUAUGGAGAACAUUCCUAAAAUAUUUCCUCAAAAAACAUAAUUUCUUUACGCCUGAAGAAAGAAAGACAUGAACAUCAUUAUCUGUAGAUUUUUGUUCUUGAAGUGAACUAAUCCUUUAAGUAGAUUCAAACUGUUUUUAUCAGAUUUAUUUGGUAUUGGAUGCUUUACAAGUAUAUUUGUGAAUUUCUUAAAAAUGUUAAAAUAGAGAUGCCCAACCUUUUUAAUAUGAAGUACCAAAAAUUUUUAAUUGAGAGCCUUGGACCAAAAGUAUUGUUGCAGCAUAUCCAACGAUAUUAAAAUGUAUUACACUUUUAAAAUGACACAUUCAAAUGAUUUGCUUUGAAAUAUUUGAAAUAUUUAAACUCGCAAUUGUGAGUUAUAAUUUUAGAAUUGUGAGGUAAACUCACAGCUGCAAAGUCUUUUAAUACAUUGUUUUUCAAUUAAAAAAAAAACAAAACACAAUUAAUACAAUUAUACAAGUGAAUUUUUCCUUUCAAGACUUAAGACUUAGACCUAAUUCCUAGUAAUUCACAUCAAUUGAAAAUAAUAUUUGAUAAUUAAAUAAAAUAAUAAACAAAUUAAAAGAAAGGGAGGAUUGUGAGAAUUGUAAGAUAAAAA